GCUAGGGGGAUGUAUAUAUGCAAUGUGCUGUAUUAAACUGCACUAAUAGCAUUGUAGAAGUAGUUGAUAUCUCCUUUAGCUGUAGUUUAGUCUGUUACUGAUUCUGUCUUAAAGUUCUGUUGUUUAGUGAAGCUCAAAAGCUAAUUUACUGGUCAGCCAUGGCAUCACUUUUUGUUGAAAAGAAGCCCCUAUUCCCACCAAAUUCACCCAGCCAUUGUGGGACUCAACAUGGCCUUUUCUUCCCAUCUCAAAUUCAAGAAAGUCCUCAGCCUAAAACUUUGGUUUCGUUAAGUCCUUUCAGAGUUCAUAAUAAACCAGCUAAAAUAUCAGCUCUGUCAAACUUACCAAUGAUGCUACCAACAGCCCUCAACUCUGAGACAAGACCAUUGAGCCCACUCGAAACUGACUGCUCCACAAUGGACCGUGAUCAUAAUGGAAUGCAAUCAAGUUUUGGAGCUGAAUGUGUGUGUGCACCGAUGAUUUCUGCCAUCUCUGAAACUGAUGCCAUAGCAACUAUGCAAAAUUCUACCACACCAAAUGGCUUCACAUCCAUCAUCCAUGUUGGCACUGUCACCAAAGAACAAGAAGAACAGUCUCUGUUACAGAAUAAUGGACCCCCAGUCUCCCCUCGAAAGUGUGUGCUGAAAGCUGGUAUACCUACAAAGGACCCAAUUUUGCCACCGAAAUCUCCUGUCAAAAUGUUUUCAACACCUGAAUCAGCUGAAAAUGAGCGAGAAUUUGAUGAACCUGUAUGCAAGCAGUUUUCUCUGCAAAAAUCAAGACCAAACUCAAAGGAACUGGGUACAGUCAAAGCAACCUCUCCACUUAAAUCCCCGCUAAGCAGUCUGUCAAAGCACAACAUGGGUAGAAGACCACCCACUCCUCCGCUAAAAUCACCCGUUACAAGAGUACCAAAACAUGAUCCAGAAUCUCCAACUGAUAAUAAAACAGAACCUGCUAGAGACAGCAAACAACCAACUCCCCCGCCAAAAUCACCUCUAAAGAGUACAUCAACAAUCGUUAACAGUUGUCCAUUUGUGUCCCCAAAAUCAACGAAGGUUAAUGUAACUCAGAAACCCUCAACUAAGUUUCAAGCUCACAAUGGAACACGAAGUAGUAUGAGACUGAUACGAAUUGAACCAACAAUGCCCACAGAUACUUCUAGCAUCUACUCUAAUAGAACAUCACGACUGUCCCUCUUGGAAGAUAGCGACAGCCAUUUUCCCUGUUCUAUAAGCCCAGGGACCAUGCGAUCGAUGGAAUUUAUGUUCAGUUUCUCUGAUGUCGAUAUACUAGAGAAGUUGUCUGAUUCUUGGCCUGUGAAAUGCACUCACGUCGUCAAAGAGGUGAUAGUCACUGAGCGUGCUUAUGUACAGUCACUGACUGAUGUUAUCAAGGGCUAUUUGACUCCUCUAUACAGCUAUGUGUUGCAGACUGGGGAGAGCCCUAACUUUAUCACUACUGUCUUUGGAAACAUAGUCAAAAUACACCAAAUUCACACAAGUCUACUCGAGUCUAUGCAGUCAGCUUCUACAAGUCCAGAGAAUUUUGCUCGUGUGUUUGUCGAUUGUGAUUUCAUCACCCAGUACACUCUGUACUGUACCGGCUACAGUAAGGGCAACAAGCGUCUUGAGCAAACCCUGGGUGCCGUGUGUGAUAUCAAAGAGUUCAUUACCGAGUGCCAAAAAAAGCUCAGUCACCCUCUUCCACUAACUUCCUACCUGAUAAAGCCAGUACAGAGAAUCUUGAAAUAUCCACUGCUGCUGGAGGACCUUAGUAAGAAAUUUGAUUGGACGGACCAUCCUGGCCAGGAAAUACUCAAGCAAGCUCUAGAGAAGAUGUCAUCUGUUGCAUUACAAAUAAACAGAGCUUUUCAUGAUCCAGUCAAAAUUCCGAAGAACAGUCCAAAAGUAAUAGCUCAGAGAAGAGUUAAUCAACUCAGAGACCUUCAGAAUGGGCGCAGUCAGGACCAUAAUCAUGUCGGUUCAAUUCACUACUCCCUUUCCAGCUCCAACUCCCUCCCUCCUAGAGCCACCCUCUUCCCAGUGCCCUCACCUAAACACAGCAGCAUGACCAGGUUCAGUUACAUGGAAGACAAAAGCUUAGCGUCUGCUCAACAGUCUUCUGUCCAUGCCUCUGCCAACAAAAGGGAGGGUGGGUCCAAGCCUGGGGUGAAGGACCUUAAAAGCUUCUAUGAGAACCUCACAGAAAGGAGUGCGGAAGAGAUGGGGAGACGGAGAACUGGCAGCAACAAGAUGACGAGAACCAACUCAAUGGACGAGUCCUUUGUCCAUGUCCCCCAACAAGUGUCUAGAACAUCUUCUAUCGGGAAUUUGUUCAGAUUUGGUCGGUCAUCAAACAAAACUAAAGAUGAACCAGAACACAAGUCUUUGUUGAGACGAUUUGGAAGAUCCAAGAAAUCUAAGAGUAAAGUAUAGACUUUUCUAACUUUUCUUCAAAUACACCAAAUUCACCAUCUUUAUCAAUAAUUAUUAAUACGAUCUUUUUAUGAUCAUGAUUCUAUCUUGUUCGGUUUUUGUGAAAGCGUGAUGUUAUAAUAAGAAACUGACUGUAAGAAUAAUUAUGAUCAUCGUAUAGUUAUGUUACAGUCAUAGAAUCAUGCAUUGGAAAGAAUUAAAAAUGUCAUUGUGAUCAUGAGAA